UGGUUUUAGUGGAGGACUAUUUCAUGACCAGUUUUUCACCGGCAGAGGGCAACGACUCUCCUGAACCUUCCUUGGGCACACGAAGAAGACGACGUCGACUACGCUUGACGACUCUGACGUCAUCGCGCAAAACGUGUGUACUGCUGAAGCAACAUGGCUAUGAAUGGAGAUGACGAGGACUUUGAGUGGGAGCCCCCAACAGAAGCAGAGAUGAAGGUGAUCCAGGCUCGCAGGGAGCGACAAGACAAAAUCAGUAAAUUGAUGGGAAACUACCUGCUCAAAGGAUACAAGAUGCUGGGAGACUGCUGUGCUGUGUGUGGGACAAUCCUCCUCCAGGACAGACAGCAGAAAAACUACUGUGUCUCAUGUCAGGAGCUGGACUCUGAUGUUGACAAGGACAACCCUGCACUAAAUGCGCAGGCAGCGUUGUCCCAGGUGAGAGAACGGCAGCUUGCAGCUCAGUCCCCUGCACCACCCCAGGCCCCUGAACUCAAUGGAGGCCCCAGCAGCAUUGUUCAGGCAAGUGGGUCAGUUCCUCAACCCAGACCAGAGCACUGUGAGGGGGCAGCUGCAGGGGGAAGAGCCAUCCUGCCUCCACCUGCUGUACCCCCUCCUUCAACUCCUGCCCCCACCCCACCUUUGGCACCCACUCGCCCCCCAGUUUGUCCACAGAGGACUGCCCGCCAACCUGUGUUGGAAGAAGCUGAGGAAGCUGUUUUAACCAAACUUCGUUGGGCCACCAACCAGCUACAGAGCGCAGCCUCGCUGGAAGCAAGUAUCCAGCUCUGCAGCCUAAUCACCAGCUGUGCCAACUCACUGCGCAGCCUCAAGGAGCUCAGCCAAUAACCAUCGUGUACUGGCUGAAACAAUUAUACUGGGAACGCUGUUUCUACUUGCUUCUGUCUUGGAAUACUGACUCUGGUUUGCUGCUUUGCAGCAUCUCUCUUUGACUGAAUCUUUGCAUAGAGCUGAAUUCAAAAUUGGUCAGAAAAUGCACUUGAAAUAGGAUUAAAAUAUCAAAGUGCACAGGUUGCUCUUGAGUUAACAAACCUAUAAUGGGCUGUCAGAAAUAUCAUGUUACAUGGUUUCAUAAUAUGUUGAAGUACAAAUGUUUGAACAUUUGUUUUUGUUGAUUUGUAAGUUAUGUUAUACAAUGAUAAGAACUGAACACUUGUCAGUGCACAUUCAUUGUCGUUAAUCUUAAAUCAUCUAGCCAUUAAAUUCCCUAAAUUUGGUGGACAUAUUUCCAUAAAAUUAGCUUCAGUAAAUCAAAAAUGGCCACAGUAUAAACAGAAUCACAAAAAAUUUGAACAUAAACUGAAAUAUGGACAUGGUAGACCCCAGUGCACACAUACCUGUAUAUUUGUGUCUGCACAAGCAAGAGUGUCUGUGCUGAUGUACAACAUACUACUAAAUUGUAAGUCACCAGUUUAAAUGUAUAGACCUUUGCAGUGUUGUUAAACACAACGGCCCUCUGAUCACAGAGAAACAUAGGUGCAUUUUUCUGUUUGCUUUUCAGGUGGACACUCCAACGGAUUCCUGUUGUCUCUGACUCUGUUGUGAUGCAAAGAUUGUCCUUGUUUGCUGGCAGUUUGAGGCUUUUAUUGUAAAUAUUUUUGAUGCAUGAUGGUCAUGUGAUUCAGUGAUGCUCAGAUGAGACAGAGCAACAUUCAGAAGUCACGCUUAUCAUUCAGUAUUCAUUAAAAACAUUUAGAGCAAAUAAACGGUGCACUUCUGAACAAUGCACUUCAUAUUAGAAAAAGCCAGCUUCAAUGUUGUUCAAGGCAGUCAGUUUUCUAAUUAAGUACCUGAAUAAAGCUUUGCCUGUUUAGGA